ACCUUAUGCCGAAAAUAUAUGCCAAUGUGUUGGUUUAAUGCUUGGAUCAGGACUUCCAUGUUUCAAAGGUGAGACACUGAAAAGAUUACGGGAAAGAUUCCAAUUAGAUAAAACUGAACGUCGUGCAGCAGACUUUAUGAUUGUGAAAAUACAUCAAUCAUUUGAGAAUAAAAGAACAGUAUGGUAUGAUAGUUUUCAAAAAGCUACAAAUG